GCGAAAAAGUCCGUUUUUCCCGCUGACCGAGAGAGUAAACGGUUACAGUUGCAGCUGCUCGCUUGUGAAUGAGAGUGAAUUUUAUUGAAAAGUUUCCUACUAAAAAGUCUGUUUAUUUAGUGAAUUCCUAAAUGUUCUAGAUGGAGCAUCCAAUGCUUGUGGAUAGUGGUCGAGAGACAGACUCUCAAAAUGACGAGCUUGCUACUCCAAGCCGAGCUCAAAAACGUCUUUUUGUGUCAUCCAUCAAUUUCAAUAAAAGAAGUCUUAGCAAAGAGGAAAGAGAAAACAGAAGAGAUGGGGAGUGCAUUUCAGAUGCAGAAUCUGACUUAGGGCCAAUGUCUCCUCUUGCUUUGACAGAUCAUAGUAGCUGUGAUAGUUCACCAGGACGCCAAUUUAUAUCACCCCUCGCAACUCCUGAAAAGUCACCAAUGAUUCCAUUUGCUGGUCAUUUGAAUCCAAAUUGUAUAUCUCCAUUUAGUUCUUUACGAAGGGUAACAAGAUCUGCAAGAUUUUCUCCAAGGCGAAUAUUUGCUUCCCCCAAAUCGAAAUCUUCUUCAUCCAGUCAGACUACUCGAGCAGAAAGUAAUGUGACAAGUUCAGAUGAAAAAGAAGAUAUGCUUGAUGAAGUAGUUCCAGAAACACCUGGAAAGGAUUCAGAUUUUGAUGAUCAGCAGUCUUAUGUUGCGGAGACACCACAAAAGGAAGAAUAUAUAGAGCAGAGGCUAAUCACACCAUUAGGAUCUGUAUGUAAAAAUAUUCCGAUUCCCAGGAUACACAGAAGAAAAUCUUUAGGUGCUUUAGAUUUCGAUGAAAGUUCCUCGCCAGAAAUUAAGACAUGCUCUUUAAAGAGACAUAUAGAAGAUACACCAUCUCCUUCUAAAUCUAAGUUCCAAAAGACUGAUGAAUUUACUUUAGCUCCAAGGGCUAGAGCAGCACUAUUUCAAGAAAAGAAGGCCACUAAUGAAAAAGAAAAGGGAUUUACUUUGAAUCCAAGAUCUUUCUAUGGAAUCGGUGAGAAAUCACGUAAAUCUUUUGGACCAGACUGGAGGGAACCUCAACCUGAAGCUAAAAGACGGCGAAGUUUACCAGCAUUUAAUCAUAAUUCACACAGGCGAGCAAUAAGAAAACCUAAGAAAGGCGAAAUAAAUUGUGGAGUUGGUCAUGGUAUUAGAAGACCAAAGCCAAAACGCCAGUCUCUGCAUAACGUUACCACGAAAACUGAAAAGCAAAAUAAAACUGCUAAAAGUAGUCUUAAUGAAUCUAAAGAAAAUUUGAAUCCACAACAUGAAACAGAAAAAACUGAUCAGAACAAAACUUUAACACCAGAAGUAGAUAAUAAUAAAAAGUUUUUCAAGUCUAAACCAAAUCAUAAUGCAGUUUGCACUGUCAAUGAUAAAAUUAAGUUAAGAAUUGCUCUAAAUCAAAAAGAUGCUGAGCAUACUAAAAAAAAAGCAAAGUUAGAUAGUAUUCCUUUUGACACUGCUGACUUGACUGUUGAUGAACCUUAUGUUGAAGAACAAACCAAAGUGGCCAGCAUUUUAAAAAUUUUGGAGGAUGAUUGGGCAGAUGAUGAUUAUGAUACAAUGGAAACAGCACAGUCUACUUGCUCUAGGAUAAAUACUCAAUCACCCAAAAAAUCUAAUAUACCAUUGAAAAAUUUAACAAUGUCUCCAGGAAGUGAACUUAGUAGUAUGACUUCCACUAUGAAUAUUGAAGACGUAGAAAGCAAUGCUGAUGAAAAUUCAGAAAAUGUUUUUAUGACAACGGAAGUAUCUACCCAAAAAUUCUAUCCUUUAUUUACAAAAGGUUACUCAUCAAACGUUAAUGAUCUUGAUGGUAACCCUAAGAAACGAAAAAGAAAUACAUCUUGGCAAUUAUCAUCAAAAUCUGGAAAUGCUGAUAACCAGUAUCAAAUUGAUGCAGGACAAAAGAUGUUUGGUGCCACACAAUGCAAUGAAUGCGGAAUUAUUUAUCACAUUGGUGAUCCAGAUGACGAAAAUGCUCACUUGAACUAUCACAAUAGUUUCAAAAUUUUGAAAUUCCAGGGUUGGAAAAAUGAGCGUGUGGUAUUUACAGAUGCAUAUUCAUCAAGUCGAAUAAUUUUAGUUGAACCCAAAGAUUCCAAUUUGUAUUGGAAAAAAGUAACUGAAGUAUUAGAAGUCGUUGAUCGUGAUUUAGGACUUUCUGAUAUGAAACUUUCAUUUUACAGAGAUAAAAAAGUAUAUAUGUAUGUGAGAGAUAAGACUAUUUUAGGUGUUUUAGUAGCAGAAGUUGUAAAAAGUGCAUUUCAAAUGAUACCAGAGCUUAUUGAGUUGAAUUGUUGCACUACCGAGUCAACACCAGUAAAAUGUGGUGUAAAUGUUGUCUGGACAGCAAUGAGUCAUCGUAGGCAGGGUAUUGCCACUAAGCUCGUUGAUACAUUGAGAGCAACUUAUUAUUAUGGAUACAUCAUGUCUAUAGACGAUAUAGCUUUUUCUACACCAACACCAAGUGGAAAGCAAUUCGCUGAGAAGUAUACCAAAACGCGUAAUUUUAAGGUUUACUGAUUUUGAUAGUAGUUCAUUUUUACUGUGAAACAAUAACCAUCAUUGAUAGUUUGCACACCAAAUAAAGUAUUUGGUAGCAUUUUUUUUUGCCAUGAGAGUACUACACUUUUUAAGUUAUAUUGAUGACAGAGUGCCUUACAGAAUUUUUGUAAACUUUUUGCAGAAUCACACCUUAAUGCCAUUAGUAAAGUCAAUCAUUUAGUUUUAAAUCUUUUCCGUAAAUAAGUUGUAUAAAUUAUUUUUAUAGACACUUACUUUAAGAACUCGUAAUUAAAGUAGACAUAAUUAAUCAAUUUUGAGCAGAAAGAUUGUUAUCAAUUUAAUAAUUUGCUUAUUAAAAAAAAAAUAAAAUGAUAUUUCAUAAUUUAUUUCAUACUCAAAUUUUACCAGUGCUAGAAGCAGUAACAUCCACUUACCUUUAAUUUCAUUUCAAAUUUAAUAUUUUGUAAAAAAAAUUAAUUUUUUUAUAUAUUAAUAUGUAAUUAUAUAAUUUUUUUACAAUCUCGUAAUAAAGCUUAAGUUGGUAUAUUA